CCGUCACGUGACUAUUCCUCCCUCCAUGUUUGAUUUCCCAACCUAAGGAGAUGUGGAUUUUGUAUUCCGCACAGACAGGUGUUCGUUAUCCAUUGCUGGCCAAUAAGGAGAAUGUGAUAGGAAGGAAGGAUUGCGACAUCUUGAUAGAAGGAGACCAGUCCAUGAGCAGGAAACAUGCUGUGGCCAUUGUUGUUCACCCAGAAAAUCAUUUGCCAUUCCCACAUAAGCCGCCUGUGUUGACUAUAAAAGACACAUCCAAGUUUGGGACAUUUGUCAAUGGAAGCAGGAUUCAGGGAGAGAGAGAACUAAAGGAUGGAGAUGAAAUCAAAUUUGGGGCACAGAGUUCCUUCAGAGUGAAACGUGAGCCUUUCAUAGUGACUACAUCUUGCCUGGACAAUUCGGUGAAAAAGUCUGUCAAGGGCGUCAUACGUCAGCUCGGCGGCCAUGUCCUUGGUGACUGGAGGCGGGAGUGCGACAUGUUAGUUAUGAGUACCAUAAGUGUCACUAUUAAGGUGGUUUGUGCAUUGAUCUCCCAGAAGCCCAUUGUCACCCCUGAAUACCUGACACAGUUACUUGAAGCCUAUGACCAGAAUAAACAGCUGCCAAACCCUGAUGAUUUCAUCCCUGCCCUGGCUGAACUGCUGCUCAACCCAGAUGAAGUGUCCUUUAAGAAAAAUCCUGCAAGACAGACACUUUUUUCUGGAAUGAAAUUUAUAUUCCUCUCUCCAAAACAGUUCAGAAAGCUGAGCAUAGCUGUAGAGCUGGCAGGAGGGACCCCAGUGUUGAUGGAGGAAGGGACAGAUGAUAACAAUGACAAGGUGCUAAUAGAGAGGGGGACAUGUGUCAUGUACUGUGAACCGCCCACUAAUCCCCAGUUGCUGUCCAAAAAUGCCAGGGACUGGGUGACACAUGUGCAGAGAUAUCUGAAAAGACAUAAACAACGUCAAAUCCAGGAUGCGGAGCUGGGGUUUGCUGUGCUCUACUGUUCAACUGACAGCUACUGCAAUCCAGAAAGAGAGCCAGCAUCCAGUUUACUUCAGAUUCCAUCACAAAGUCAGGUGGCGGCUUCCUUUACACAGCAGUCCCAGUCAGUCAGAAAUGUGAAAACUGAGGCCACAGCACCAUGUAUAAAACAAGAACCUCAAAGUCAGCUGACCCAGGAUGUAUCCCAGUAUGCCAAGGAUGUAUCCCAUCAACCUCAGUUAUGUGUGCCAGAGACGCAGCAGACAGAUGCGAGCUUUACUGUGCCAUCAACAUCAACGCACACCAGCCUGUCUAGAAAGAGAUUAAGAUCCAAAGAGACAGAAGAAAGUCACCCAGCUUCAAAAGCUAUAAAAACUGAACCGGACACGCCAGUUGUUUGCCAAAAUACAGAGUCCAUAAAAAUAGAGAGGAUAACUCCCACAAGGGCGGAAUGUAAGAGCAGAGUUAAUGUAGUGGCCGAGACUCAACUUGAAAGUGAGACAGAAAUGUCAAGAAUAGAUAUGGAUACAGUGAAAAUUGAAGAUGAUGAGGAGGAAGAUAAUAUUGAACAAGAAUUUGAUGAUAUAGUGCCAAGUUUAAAGCAGAAAAAUUCAAAACGGGACAGGGAUUUUGAUGGUCCCAGGGCUUCCAAGACAAGUACAGAUGAAAUGGUUACGUCUAGCCCAAUGGUCACAAAUGUUGUCCCGAAAGCUUCUCCUUCUAGUAGAAGUGACCAAGAUUAUGGAAAGGUUCAACCUUCUACAUCAAAGACUAAUAGAACAAAUGCUCAAGGUCAAAAGACAAUAGGGAGAUUGACAUAUGAUGACCAAGAGGACAGCUUAACAGAAGUAGAAGUUAAUGGUAAUGGCAGUACAUCAGGACACAAGGAUCCCCCACCAGGCUUCCUCACUAAGAACACAGAGGCAACUUCCACAUUAAUAGUGCAUAAUGGAGAAAAUAGAGUCAAUGGACAAAGUGAAGGAGAAGAGAGUUUACCAAGAAAUUUAAUCCAGGUCCAGUUUGCCUCCAUGGUGGUCAGAAAAACAAGACCACAGCAGUCCAAGCAGUCAGCAAGUGGAGUGACCACAUGGAAUGGGAAAAAAGUGAAGAAUUUCAAGAAUUUUAGAAAGGUAAACCAGCCAUUGACCAAUGGGAUUCCACAUAUCAUUGGUGGAAGAGACCUGGAAAAGCAUGUCAAUGGCCCAAGAAAGGAGCUGGAUGAUUGGUUCAGGGAGGAACUUGAGGCUGAGAGUCAACAGGAAGCAGCAGAGAAGCUUGCCAUGGAAAUGUUUGACGAAGGCAUGUUCAACAGAAAAACGAAGAGACGGUAGUUGUUACAUGUUGGACUUUGGACCUCAUCUCAACACGUGGAGAACCGUUCUUGGCUUCUAGCGGACUGCUAGCCAGGCAACUGUAGUGUACUUUAAACAAUGAGUUGAAGUGAAACGAAAUCUUUAUUUUGCAUGCCAUAAGGAUUUCUGCCAGUUCGGGAUAUUAAUCUAGACGAAUAUGGACACUAUUAACAAUAACAUUAUUAUUUCAUAAAAAGCAUGUAAUCGCUGUAAGGUCAAACGGUUGAGUACGUUUAUCGUUUUGAAAUAAUUUAUAGAUUUGAAACGUCUCAGUAGACAUCUGUCACUAUGAUGUAGCAUGUUUCAGAACGCACUAAGACGUGUUUUGUUAUAAUGUUUAAUAAACAAAGAUGAUAAAGA